CUAACGGCGUCGUGUUACUCUUUGAAGAUAAAACUCGGUGACCCGGAGUCCCGGACAGCUACAAAGGUCCUCAUCUCUUCUCUUUCUCUCGUUUCGGCCAUAAUUUUAAACUGAGUCAAAACCCUUAAUUUGCUAUAUCCCUCUUUUCAAUUUCAGAGACUACUCUUCAUACUAUCAUUAUUACCAAAUGAGUGACUCCACCGAGGACGCCAAGCACAUCGAGAAGCUUUACGAGUUCGGUGAGAGACUCAAUGAGUCCAAGGAAAAGUCUCAGAAUCUGGAGGAUUACCAGGGGAUUUUAGACGCUGCAAAAACGAGCAUAAAGGCGAAGCAAUUGGCGGCUCAGCUAAUUCCUAGGUUUUUCAAGUUCUUCCCCCAACUCUCCAGCCAAGCUGUCGACGUUCAUCUUGAUUUAAUAGAGGAAGAAGAGCUUGGGGUUCGGGUGCAAGCAAUUAGGGGGCUGCCACUUUUCUGCAAGGAUACACCCGAGUAUCUUUCCAAAAUUGUUGACAUUCUUGUGCAGAUCCUUUCAGCUGAGGAAUUUGUGGAGAGGGAUGCUGUACAUAAAGCCCUUAUGUCCUUGAUGAGGCAGGAUGUGAAAGCCUCUUUGACUGCCUUAUUUAAGCACAUUGGAAGCACCGAUGAACCAAGUGGAGACGAACAUCGUGAUAGAGUUAUUAGCUUUAUAAGAGAUAAGGUUUUCCCUCUGAAGAGUGAACUCUUAAAACCCCAGGAGGAAAUGGAGCGGCAUAUUACUGAUUUGAUUAGAAAGAGCUUAAUAGAUGUAAGUGGUGAAGAAUUCAAAAUGUUUAUGGACUUCUUAAAAAGUUUGAGCAUAUUUGGAGAUAAAGCUCCUCCAGAGCGCAUGAAAGAACUUAUUGAAAUUAUUGAAGGACAGGCUGAUUUGGAUUCACAACUCGAUGUGUCGGAUUCUGACCAUAUUAACAGGCUGAUAUUAUGCCUUUAUACAGCACUUCCAUUUUUUCUGCGGGGUGCAUCAAGCAGCAAGUUUCUGACCUAUUUGAACAAGUUAAUUAUACCUGCUUUUGAUGAGCUUCCUGAGGUGCGAAAACUUGAGUUGCUUAAAGUACUUGCAGAGAUUUCACCUUGCACUCUACCACAGGAUUCACGCCAGAUUCUUCCUUCCAUUGUUCAGCUGUUAAAGAAUUACAUGCCUCGGAAGAAGAAUGGAGAAGAGAUGAACUUUACUUAUGUUGAGUGCUUGUUAUAUGCAUUUCACCAUUUAGCUCAUAAGGCUCCCAAUGCCACCAAUAGUCUAUGUGGUUACAAGAUAGUGACUGGCCAACCAUCAGAUAGGCUUGGGGAGGACUUCUCCGAGUUGUACAAAGAUUUUACAGAGAGGCUGAGUAAUGUAGAAGAGUUAACUAGGGCUACCAUGAAAAAAUUAACUCAGGGAAUGGCUGAGCACAACAAAGCAAUGGCAGCUGCAAAGACGGAUGAAACAAAGGAUAGCAUAAAAAUUCAAAAACAAAAUACUACAAUUGGGCUGCGAACCUGCAAUAACAUUUUGGCAAUGACAAAGCCAUUGCAUUCAAAGACGCCUUCAUUUAUUGGGGAUAAAGACAAGAGUGUCAAUCUGUCUUGGAAAGAAGCAGCAAAACCUUCUGUGGCAUCCACCAUCACAGCAACUGGAGGGAAACGGCCUGCUAAUGCUGCUAAUGGGUCUGGCAACAUUGUGAAAAAGGGUCGUGGGACCGGUGGCAUACAAAAUCAAUUAGUUAACAGGGCAUUGGAAGGUAUAUCUCAUGGAGGGAGAGGAGGCUCAAGGGGCAGGGGCAGAGGUAGAGGGUGGGGAGGGCGUGGACGUGGAAGAGGGAGAGGCUAUUGGUAAACUUGAUGCAUAUGCACUAAGAUACACAGCUAGAAUCUGGAAGAGCAGAAGAAUUGAGUGCAGAGUCGAUUAUGUAUUAAAAAAAAUUAUUUUCCAUUGCGACAAGAUUUCAUAAGUGGAGGGAACUGACACAUUUUCGGAUUUUAUUGUGGACGAACACCAACAAUCUUAUGCGUAUGGAGCUUGUCCAUGUAGAUUGGCUAGGGAUAAGGAUCAUAUUCCUAAUCUGAACCUAUUUUCUGAGCUAAUUAAGCUGUACCACUGGGCUAAGGAAUCAUGUUUGCAUGUUAGCAGGUUUAUUGUGUGCACCAUUUUCAGGUACUUUCAACUUAGAUUGAGAAACAGUGGUUAUUCAGUUCUAGUCAUAUAUGUGUAGAAUAUGGAUUCGGUUAGCCAAGGCUGAAAGUGAAACUAAGAACUGUUGAUCA